AUGCCUUGCUGGGGCAAGCUCCGCAUUGCUCAAUGUGGGGACUCAAUCUGGACAUUGUCCACAGUCCAAAAACUAAGCAAAUCCUCGUUUAGAGACAACACAUUUGUGCGGUAUGAGCUGCCCUACAUCUCAGAAUCGGGUCAGCAUGUUGAUGUUGUCUGCUAUGGUCAACUAAAUUACAUCCUCGAGUGUCACCUUGACAACAACAUUCGUUAUGGUGACCUGUGUAACUCAACACUGUUGCUUGCUCUCAUUAUUCCAUGUGCGACAAAUGGACUGGAUGCAUCUUCUCAGUGUGUUGAGUACAAGCGAUCAUUGGUCCCAAUUAUAACGGACCUUCGAAACAUCAAAGCUGCUGUUGGGCGUGUAGGCACACGAAGGCAUUGGGGCAUCAUUGAUUGUUCUAGUGACCACAUCCAGAUCACAUUUGCAGAGUUGGAACUUGGGGCUGAUGCUAGGGUGAAUGAUGCUGAUGAUGCGAGCACUAGUGACUAUGACUGA